CACCCAAGAUGCCUCCACCCGUGAUUCCUCGUCGUGAACCAAUUCCUCCCUCCAGUAGGGGCUGGGAUGGGCGAAGAGCCUCCACUGAAACUGUGUAUCAGAAUGAUUAUGCAGUAAAGAUGCAGGAGGCAGAAGGCACGCCAUUACCACGGACCGUUCGUUCCUGGGAGACUAUGAAGAGGUUCGUCUACCCAUUCCACCCGUGAUUCCUCGUCGUGAACCAAUUCCUCCCUCCAAUAGGGGCUGGGAUGGACGAAGAGCCUCCACUGAAACUGUGUAUCAGAAUAUCCGGCGAACGACCUCUGAUGAAGAGGCACGAGGAUAUAUUGAUGAAGCAAUGAAGCAGGGCUAUGUGAAUGUUACACUUGUCAAAGUGAUUGUGGAGGGACCUGCAGGUGUCGGCAAAACCUCAAUCAUUUACCUUCUCCUUGGAAAACCGCCUCCAAAAGAUAGACACAGUACUGGGUGCGCCGAGCGAGCAAUUCGAGUGAUACGCGUGGGUAAGGAGGGGGAAAAGUGGAGCGAAAUCCCUGCCAAGGAGUUCCAGGAAAUGAUUGCAGAAGCGGUUCCUAUUCUGUUUGAAGACCUCAAAGUGAAGGGAAAGGGGAUGGAGGAACUGGAUAUGGUUUUAUCGAGUUUGGAAGAGGGACAGACAUCAGGAGGGGAGCAGGGAGAAGGAGAG